GGGCGUAUAAAAAAAACUCAGAAUUCGUGAGAAAUGCUUCCAGAACAGAAUUAAAAUGAAGAAAGAAGAAGAGUGGUGGGGUUUCUGAAAAGAAAACCUGAUUAAUCUGUAGAAGGGGAGAAGUUGAAGAAGUUCGUAUUCCCUGCAACAAGAGAGACAACGAGAGAAGGAGAAAGCCGAUCCUCCUGGCUCUCCCCAUCUCCCGACACCUACAACCUUUGUGCUUCCGCCAGCUUUGAUCCGGCGUUUUCUUCUGCUCGAGCUCGAUUCUUCUCUCUAUCGCUCUUUCGGGCUGACGAGGUUGGCACUUGGAACUCUCUGAUCUUGGGUAACGUGGUGGCCCGUGGCCCCGCCACAACUGAACCAGAAAAUGAGGUGCCGCAUAGUUCGGGUCCUUACGGCCAGCGUUUAGGGUCUCUCUCUCUCUCUCGUGUCUUGUUCACGAACAGAGGUCUUCGAUGGAUCGUAGUAGUUGGUUCAGUGGGGCCCUGUGCCCAAUUUUUGACCCUCCUUGUUUGGAUUUGAUGCUUCUGGACAGUUGGGUGAACCGGUGAAGAAUUAAAAGCUGAAAAAACUGGGAACGAAUUCACGGAUGGUUCCAAGAAGAUCUCCCACCGUCGCAAUCUCCCAUCCACAGUAUAUAUAAAGAAACCCAUUAAGAGAGAUUUUUCGGAACAAUCCGUAUUAAUUAUUAUUAGAUCGUAGAUUUCCUCCGAAUCGGGUAUUAGGCUUCUGGUUUCUCCCGUACAGCAACGGUAGAAAUCAGGUCAGCCUGACAGGAGGAGGAGGGGAGAAGAAGAAGAUCAAAAAUGGGGGAAAAUUAUGAAUUAUGAAGGCAAGAUCCGUUUCUCCGAGCAGUGACUGGAACUUCAGUGAACCCUUUACACAUCGACACUUCUUGGCACCCAGACGGGCUUCCCAGCUAAGAAUCUCUCAUCCGCAGAUGCUAUUGAGCUACAAAUCCUAGAUCAAUGUUUAGAAUUGUUCUGCAAAAUUACCUGCUGGUACUCUCUCUGGUAUGGACAAUCUCAGCACUAAGAACAAAAUUUGGAGCUUUCCAUAUUUUAGGAAGAUGGUAUAGAAAAGAAUAUGGUACUGCUCGAAGGAACUAUUCUGGGAUUUUGUCAGUUCAAUUUAUUUCCAAUUUUUAGUUUCUUCCCCCCAGCCCUAGUGAGGGGUGACAUGUGUGUUUCUUCUUUGCCCACCCUUUGUACUUUUAAUCAGUUAAAUUGUAAUGUAUCAAAUUCCUUAAUAAAAUUACAGUAAUACGGCACUUGCAAUAGCUAGUCUCUUGAAAAAUAUGAGUAAGAAGUAAGAAGAUCAUUGAAAGGAAAAAAAUCCUAUUUGACAUUUGGCCUCCAAAUUUUGUCUUCCUUGCUUCUUCUCUAUGUCCCUUUCCUUGAAAACAUGAAGUCCAUGUAUCAAGCAAAUCCCAUAUGUAAUUUAACCCUGAAAAUGAUUCUAAUGGGGAGAUUCUUAGUUUUGAUGGUGUUGGUGGGCUUAAGUAUUUGCAUGCUGGGUGUGGAAGCAUCCCAAGAGGCUCCAUGGAGGAUCCAGACCCUGUUCUCAGUGGAAUGCCAGGAUUACUUUGAUUGGCAAACAGUGGGUCUUGUCCACAGCUUCAAGAAGGCACGCCAGCCUGGUCCCAUUACGAGGCUCCUGAGUUGUACAGACGAGGAGAAGAAACGAUACAGGGGAAUGAACCUUGCUCCCACUUUAGAGGUGCCUUCCAUGAGUAAACACCCCAAGACUGGAGAUUGGUACCCUGCUAUUAAUAAGCCAGCGGGAAUUGUCCAUUGGCUUAAACACAGUAAAGAUGCGGAGAAUGUUGACUGGGUUGUGAUAUUGGAUGCAGACAUGAUCAUUCGAGGCCCAAUCAUACCUUGGGAACUUGGUGCCGAGAAAGGCAAGCCAGUUGCUGCAUAUUAUGGAUACCUGGUCGGAUGUGAUAAUAUUCUGGCUCAAUUGCACACAAAGAAACCGGAACUGUGCGACAAAGUUGGGGGCCUGUUAGCCAUGCAUAUUGAUGACCUUAGAGCCUUGGCACCUAUGUGGCUGUUGAAGACCGAAGAAGUACGGGAGGAUAGGGCCCACUGGGCAACCAACAUAACUGGUGACAUUUAUGGCAAGGGGUGGAUCAGCGAAAUGUAUGGGUACUCAUUUGGUGCUGCAGAAGUGGGCCUUCGACAUAAAAUUAAUGAUGACUUGAUGAUCUACCCGGGUUAUAUCCCACGUGUGGGUGUUGAACCGAUUCUUUUCCAUUAUGGAUUGCCAUUUACGGUUGGAAACUGGUCUUUCAGCAAAUUAGAGCACCAUGAAGAUAGCAUUGUUUACGAUUGUAGCCGUCUCUUCCCUGAGCCUCCUUAUCCUAGAGAGGUUCAAUUAAUGGAACCUGAUCCCGUCACAAGGCGAGCCUUAUUUUUGAGCAUAGAAUGUAUCAACACUUUAAAUGAGGGUCUCCUAUUACACCAUGCAUCAAGUGGGUGCUCUAAGCCAAAGUGGUCAAGAUACUUGAGCUUUCUAAAGAGCAAGACUUUUGCUGAACUAACUCGGCCAAAGUAUUUAACUCAUGACCAUAUGCAACGUGAGAAAGCUGAGGCACAAAGGCAGGCCCUUGAAGGAUCAGAAAGGACAUAUCCAAAAAUUCAUACCAUUUUCUCCACGGAGUGCUCUCCUUAUUUCGAUUGGCAAACUGUAGGACUCAUGCACAGUUUUCAUUUGAGUGGCCAACCUGGGAAUAUCACACGGCUCUUAAGCUGUACAGAGGAAGACUUAAAGCGAUACACCGGACAUGAUCUAGCUCCAACACAUUAUGUUCCAUCCAUGAACCGGCAUCCCUUAACUGGUGACUGGUACCCGGCAAUUAACAAACCAGCAGCUGUCCUCCAUUGGCUUAAUCAUGCAAAGAUAGAUGCAGAAUUCAUAGUCAUUUUGGAUGCAGACAUGAUAAUGAGGGGGCCCAUUACACCUUGGGAGUUUAAAGCUGCACUUGGCCGUCCAGUUUCAACCCCCUAUGACUAUCUCAUUGGUUGUGACAAUGAGCUUGCAAAGCUGCAUACACGGAAUCCCGAUGCUUGUGACAAGGUUGGUGGCGUAAUUAUCAUGCAUAUAGAUGAUUUGCGUAGGUUUGCUCUUCUGUGGCUACAUAAGACUGAAGAGGUCCGUGCUGACAAAGCUCAUUAUGGGAAAAACAUUACGGGGGAUAUUUAUGAAGCUGGGUGGAUUAGUGAGAUGUAUGGUUACUCCUUUGGUGCUGCUGAGUUGAAUCUGAGGCAUCUCAUAAGCAGUGAGAUAUUGAUAUAUCCGGGGUAUGUUCCUGAACGUGGGGUGAAGUAUAGAGUCUUCCAUUAUGGAUUGGAAUUUAGUGUUGGUAACUGGAGCUUUGACAAGGCAAACUGGAGGAAUGUUGAUGUGGUCAACAAGUGCUGGGCUAAGUUCCCAGACCCACCUGAUCCUGCGUUAUUUGAUUCAACAGAUGAGAACAUCUUACAACGGGACCUGUUAAGCAUCGAAUGUGCAAGGACACUGAAUGAAGCUCUCCGUUUGCAUCACCAAAGGAGGAAUUGCUCCAUUUCUACCACCAAAACCACCACAAAAUUGGAGGCAACGAAGGAAACCAUGUUGCCAAGGAAAGUUGGGAUGUUAGUUGAAAGCUUGAAUGAAAUUGGAAGUUCAAGAGUGCCUUUGGAUCCCAAUGUGGUUGACCAGAACUUCAGUUCUUUUAGAAUCUGGAUGGUUGGUCUGUGGGCUUUCUCCAUGUUGGUGUUCUUAGCAAUCAUAUCUCUGGUUCUCUCAGGUAGAAGAGGGGAGGGAGCAAGGUAUAAAGGUCACAGAAACAAGAGGAUCAUCUUAUUCUAGAUUCUUGGAAAUGGGCCUGAUAGGCACAAUCUUCAAUGCCAAAUGGCUUCAAACCAAUUCCAGAGGGGGUAAAGGGGAACAAAUUCGAUGUUCAGUUAAUUGGUGGGAUAUUGAUUCAGGAAGAGAAACUGCCCUUCCAGGAAAGAGAAGGAAAGGAAGCUCAAGAAGUCUUCUGAUGGAACACAUGGGAUAGUGAUUAGUGACUGGAGAACUCUUCCUGGUGAUCUUGGAUAAUGUACUGACUCAAAAUUCAAUUUUCGUAAUGUAUAAUGUUAAUUUGAGGUUAAAUGAAAGGUUAAUUCAAAGUUAGUACAUUUCUGA